AUGUUUCUAUUUCGCUGGGGAAAAAAAAAGAAAACGGAAAAUGAGUCUCCCGGGAGCCGUGAACAUUCGGGGGCUAAGGAGAAGGGAAUCAUGAAAUGGAACCGGAAAGAUCAAAGGGAAAAAAAUAUUAACAAGGAGGGGAAGAAAAAUGUGAAAAAAAUUGUUCCUUCAGCUGCUACAAAAAAAAAGAAAAAGAGAUCAAUUUUUAGUUUAAAGAGAUUCAAUUUUUUUGACACACAUAAAAGGAAGAGAACUCCAAGGCCUCCACCAGAAAAUCCAAAAAAAGAAAAAGGUCUUCCAAAAAACGAGGUAAAGAGUAUCGUCAAAAAAUUUGAAACAUCAUGGGGGGGUAAGUUGCAUGGAGAAAAAGCACAAGCAAGAAAAAGUGCCACGAAAGUAGAUCCAAAAAAAAGCGGCAUAAAGAUCGAUUCAAAAAAAAGCGGCAUAAAGGCCGAUUCACAAAGAAGUGAUAUGAAAAAAGCGCCAAUAGAAAAUGAAGACCUGUUUGACAUUCUAACAGAGGAGGAGAGAAGAUCAAUGGAGGCUUUUUCACUCAUAGACGGAUCGUCCAACGGUGAUAAUUCAGGGGAAGAAAGUAAUAUCAAGAAUAAUUCUAGUAAAAAGGACGUUAAUGCAAAAAUAAUGCGUGUCCAUUCAGAUAAAAAUGAGAAGUGUAGUAUAGAUUUAAAGGAGAAUGAUAAUCUUUUAAAAAAAAAAACUAGUAAUUUUGAAGGAAGUACUAAACUGCAGAAAAAGAAAAGUAUUAGUCCCCCAAGCAAAAAUGUUAGAAGUAAUUUUAUCAUGAAUCCAAAUUCAGAUGUAGAUCCCAAAAAAGAAGAAAAAGGGAUUGAAACAAAAAAAUCGUUCACAAAAAAUAUUAUAAAAAUACCAUUGUCGUAUUCAUCAUCUGAAGGUUUAAAAACUGAUGUUUUAUCCAAAAAGGAAUCAACAGAAUAUAAAAAUGAAAAAAUGUCAAGUCCAGAGGCAGACAAAAACAAGGAUUCUCAUGAACAGAAGGCGGUAAAUGAUGCAGUUGGAAUAGGAAAUCAUCAAGAUGACAAUAAUGCUGAAUUAGAAUCUAAAUCAGAAGCGGGUAAUCAUAGUGGGAAAAUGGAAUUCAGUAAAUUUAUUCCCAGCUUUAAUUUAAUAAAUAAAAAAAAUGGAUUCUUUAAAUCAAGCAAAAAAAUCUGCACUCCGAUGAUUUAUAGUAAACUCCAAAUAAAGAAUAAAGAAAAAAGCAAUAUUGAUGGCAACAGAGAAAGUAGACACAGCUUUGACAAAACGGAAAAUUCGCAUGGUGCUACUGAAGCGGACGAAACAAAUAUUACAUGUCAGGAUAUACAUGAAAAGAAAAAUAGUCUUAUAGGAAGAGCCAACUUAUUGAAGAAGAAACUCAGCGUCGACAAAAAGUUGUUACAGGAAGAUGGCAUCAAGAAUUUUGAAAGAAAAAGAACAAUAGAUUUAUUAGAUACAAAAAUUUCCUUCAACCUCCACCCCCCGCUUUUAUUCACGGAAAAUUCUUUCUCCAUAUGCCCAUUGUCACCUUUAGAAGACAUAAUAGAAGUAAUAAAUUCUAUUUGCAAUAACAGCAAAGAGGAAACAAUAUCAAAGCUAAAAAUGUGCAAAGAAAAUAAUGAGAAGAGUUCUAAUAUGCUAAAAAUAACCUUAGACAAGCUAAACGGACCGGACAAUUCUGUCACUUCACACUUACACAAAAACAUGUCUUUACAAAGUGAAUACUUGAUGAAAGUGGAUAGAGUUAUGCGAGAAAUCAAUGAAGAUUAG